CACAUCCUUGCGGACCAGGGAAGUGGACCUUGCUCAGCUUGCUUCCUGAUCCUCCUGGUUGCAUCCUGGUAGCCGGGAACCAUGGACAUUGAAGCAUACUUUGAAAGAAUUGGUUAUCAGAACUCCAGGAACAAACUGGACUUGGAAACAGUAACUGAAAUCCUUCAGCACCAGAUACGGGCUAUUCCCUUUGAGAACUUGAACAUCCACUGCGGGGAACCCAUGGAGCUGAGUUUAGAAGCCACCUUUGAUCAGAUUGUGAGGAAGAAGCGAGGUGGGUGGUGUCUCCAGGUUAAUCAUCUGCUCUACUGGGCUCUGACCAAAAUGGGCUUUGAAACCACAAUGUUGGGAGGACAUGUCUUUAACCCUCCAGCCAGCAAAUAUAGCAGUGAAAUGGUCCACCUUCUAGUACAGGUGACCAUCAGUGACAGGAACUACAUUGUAGAUUCUGCUUAUGGAGGCUCCUACCAGAUGUGGGAGCCUCUGGAAUUGACAUCUGGGAAGGAUCAGCCUCAGGUGCCUUCCAUCUUCCGUUUGACAGAGGAGAAUGGAAUCUGGUACUUGGACCAAAUCAGAAGGGAGCAGUAUGUUCCAAACGAAGAAUUUGUUAACUCUGACCUCCUUGAGAAGAACAAAUAUCGAAAAAUCUACUCCUUUACUCUUGAGCCCCGCAUUAUAGAAGAUUUUGAAUAUGUGAAUACCUACCUUCAGACAUCGCCAGCGUCUGUAUUUGUAGGCACAUCGUUCUGUUCCUUGCAGACCUCAGAAGGGGUUUGCUGUUUAGUGGGCUCCACCUUUACAAGUAGGAGAUUCAGUUAUAAGGACAAUGUAGACCUGGUUGAGUUUAAGAAUGUCAAUGAGGAAGAAAUAGAAGAUGUACUGAAAACUGCAUUUGGCAUUUCUUUGGAGAGAAAGUUUGUGCCCAAACAUGGUGAACUAGUUAUAACUAUUUAGGGUUAAAUUUAUAUGCAAAUGUUCCAUAAUUACCCAGCUCAAUAUUGAUCAACUAAUGACUUGUUGUAUCUUCUAUUUCCUACAUUUUAUAUAAAAAAAUCUUAGUUGUCCUGUCAUUUCACCAAUAAAAGUAUCAUGAGUUAUAAUUAAAAAUGUUAAUGGAUGUAACAACAAUCCUGUCAACAUUAAU